CCCAACACAACAGUCAUGUUUGCAACGUAUAGUUAGCAACGCUGCACUGUAGCUACAUUUUUAGCUGCUGUAAAUGAUUCACUUCUUACCCCGGUUGUUCUUCUUUCUCUAUAAUCAUGAACAGGACGCACCUGAAGCGGUUCACUAUCUUGAGGAUGGCUCUGUCCGGCUCAGAAACGAUGGACCAGGACGAACAAGGAGAGACUUUCUUAUUCCGGGCUUGCAGAAUAGCGGCUGUGGUUGCACUGUACUGGUUUAUUUCAAUAACAAUGGUGUUCCUUAAUAAUUAUCUGCUGGACAACCGAGACUUGGACGCGCCGCUGUUCGUCACUUUUUAUCAGUGCGUGGUGACGGUUGGUCUGUGCUGGCUCAUGCAGCUGCUGUCCAAGUUGUGCCCGGGGCUCAUCGACUUCCCGUCGGUCAGAUUCGACUUGAAGACGUCUCGGGAGGUCCUGCCGCUGUCCAUUGUGUUCAUCAGCAUGAUCACCUUCAAUAACCUGUGCCUGAAAUACGUCGGAGUGGCUUUUUACACUGUCGGCCGUUCACUCAGCACAGUUUUCAAUGUGCUGCUGUCGUAUGUCAUCCUGAAACAAACCACAUCUUACCAAGCCUUACUGUGCUGUGGGAUCAUACUUGGUGGAUUCUGGCUUGGCGUGGACCAGGAAGGUAUGGCGGGGUCCCUGUCCUGGUCAGGCGUCUUUUUUGGGGUACUUGCCAGCGCUUGUGUUUCUCUCAAUGCCAUCUUCACCAAGAAGGUGAUGCCAGCAGUGGACGGAAACAUCUGGAAACUGUCCUAUUACAACAACAUUAAUGCCUGCGUCCUCUUCCUGCCGCUCAUUGUCGUGUUUGGAGAGGUGGGUCGCAUCGCCAGCUUCAGCCGCUUCACUGACCUCGGGUUUUGGGGUAUGAUGACACUCGGAGGAGUGUUUGGUUUCGCCAUCGGCUACGUCACAGGUCUCCAGAUUAAGUACACCAGUCCUCUCACGCACAACGUCUCAGGGACGGCAAAGGCCUGUGCGCAGACUGUUAUUGCAGUGGUGUACAACUCCUCCAGUAAAAGCCUGCUGUGGUGGACCAGUAACAUGAUGGUUCUCGGCGGCUCGUCAGCCUACACUUGGGUUAAAAGUCUAGAAAUGAAGAAGACUCCCCUCAAAGACUCUCAGGACUCGGCCAAGGAAAAACUGCUUUCAGGGGAGAAAAGCGGUUUGGGAGUGUAGCCAUUGUGCAGGGUAACAAUAGGCUAAGAAACCUGUAGCCUUUAACCAUGUGGCGUGAGAAUGUGAAAUAAUGUAAUAUUAAGAAUAUGAGUAAGUAGCAGUUUUAGUAGUACAUGCACGGAAUCAGUGAUUUGGGUUGGGUUUAAUAGUCUUGUGGGUUUUAUACAGUUUGACUCGAGGUAUGAAGGCAUUUGUAUGUAUAUAUAUAUUUAAAGCUUCAUAUUCAUUUGAGGCAUUUUUAAAAUUAUUUUUAAAUUAUAUUACAGAGAAAUAUAAUAAUGUGUCUUUUAUGCUCUAGUCUACAGAUGAAGGAAUAAAGGAAGUUUUUAUUCACAGGGAGGGAAGAAGCAUUUACUCAGUUUGAGAGUUAUUGGCAUCAUAUUGAAAUAUAAGCUUUUCUAUAUCUAUUGUUUAAUUCUGAUCAUGAUAUUUUUCUUAGAAGGGGUGUCGGACAUGCAAAAUUUUUUUUAUGAAAUGUCACAAUCAUGGCAAUGUUUGAAGGGGAAUUUAUCUGUUAUCUCAAAUAUGAACAGAGCCAAGGCAGCAGGAUAUCUGUAGUUUAUGGAAGGCACGACAGACAGUGGGACCAACGUAGGCUUUAACCUCCAAAGAAAACACUUCCUCAGCAUUUUGAACUGUUGUGCAUCAUUUGCUACAGCACACUAUGUUUCUGAGCUGAGUCAAACUCUGCAAACAUAGGCGUUGGUGACUAUUGUGUUUCUUUGCAGAGGUGUCAGCUGUGGGAUCAUGUGUGAACAUUAAACAGCUCUCUGAAGUCGGAUGUUUGAUAUGAAGGCAGAUGAACAAACAAUGUGAACGUGGUUAAUAGAAUUAUGACCGUCAUUAUUCAGAGCACAGAGGAAGGUGAAUAUUCUGAGACCUGCUCAAAUAAAUACAAGCUGUAUCAACCAAAUGAAUAGACGACACAGAUAAAGGUCACUGAAUGUAAAUCACCCGAUCAUCAGGUCACCAGUAGCACCAGGAGCAAAGUAAAUAGUUGAGAAUGGCUUUGAGUAAUGUAUCUACCAAGAAACUAUAAUUAUUAGUCUUUAAAAAAUAAGAAAUAUCAUUUCCCCUUGAUAUGUUUGAAACUGAAUUACACUGAGGAGUUUUACUUUUUACGACAAAAUAAAUUUUAUGAUAAAACCCA